GAGAAACUGGAGAGCCAUAGAGAUAUUAAGUACCUCUCAAAGGUCCAAAAAAGAUAUGGUUAUUGCUGGUGCAGACGAAGUACUGCAGGCAAAUGCAAGCCCUGAAUAUGAUCGAGCAAGUGAAUUAAAAGCUUCUGAUUCUGAUGACACAAAAGCCGGUGUCAAGGGACUCGUGGAUGCCAGAAUUUCAGAGGUUCCGCGGAUUUUCCAUCACCAACGGGGCUGUUUUACAGUUUCGGGAGACACCCAAUUCAGCAUCCCCAUCAUUGACCUUGAUGAUGUGAAGAAAGAUUCAUUGAAGCGCAGGGAUGUUGUUGAACAAGUACGGGUUCCAGUGAGUGUACUGGAGGAGAUGAAGGAUGGUGUUCGUCGGUUCUAUGAGCAAGAUCUUGAGGUGAAGAAACAACAUUACACUCGCGAUUAUUCACAAAGGAUGGUGUACAAUAGCAAUUUUGAUCUGUUUACUUCACCGUCUGCCAGUUGGAGAGAUACACUUUUCUGUCUCAUGGCUCCUCAUCCUCCUAAGCUGGAAGAAUUGCCAACCGUACGUGGAGCCUUGGGGCUGAACCCCAACCAUCUGAAAGACAUAGACUGUGCCAAGGGUCUUGCCAUGCUGUGCCACUACUAUCCUGCCUGCCCUCAGCCAGAACUGACAUUGGGCACAACCAAGCAUGCUGACAAUGACUUCCUUACUGUCCUUCUACAAGACCAUAUUGGCGGCCUCCAAAUACUUCUUCAGAAUCUGUGGAUUGAUGUGCCUCCUGCUCCCGGAGCUCUAGUUAUUAACAUUGGAGAUCUCCUCCAACUUAUAUCAACCGAUAACUUCAUAAGUGUGGAGCACAGAGUGCUGGCAAAUAAUGCUGGACCAAGAAUAUCAGUGGCGUGUUUCUUUAGCACAUCUGUUAUGGCAGAUUCAAGACUUUAUGGGCCUAUCAAGGAAUUGUUAUCAGAAGAAAACCCUCCAAAAUACAGGGAGACCACCGUGAGAGACUGUUGUCUACUCCAAUAGACAAGGCCUGGGUGGCUCUUCUCCUUUGCUGCAUUUCAAGUUAUGAUCAACUUACCCUUCAAACUUCACUAAAAAAGAACGAAGGGUUUGCAUUUCAUUUGUAAAAUAAAAGACAUAAUCUUCUUCUUCUUCCGUAUAUAUUUUUAAAUUGUUUGCAGAGAUUGUUAAUAGUUCAAUAUUGUGUAAACACUGUAAAAUUUAUAAUAAAUUUUCAUUCUUGAA